AGGACAUUAUAUUUACUAGUAUGUUCUAUUCGGAAUUGCCAUUUCUGACAGCUGUUCAACUACAACAAUCCUGGGCAUGGGGUAAUGAUGUUAACGUACUAGCUGCAGGGGCUAGUUUACCAGUCGCUGGUGUAACUGGGACUGGUAUAUAUGCUGGAGUUCAAGGUGAUCUAGUAUCAGUAAUAGUUGGAGGUGUUGGUAUCAGAAAACUUUAUGUCUCACAGGUGCCAAUUAUAUCAAAUAAAACUUUAACGAAUGAUUAUGAGUAUAAACAAAAAACUGAAACUUCUAUGCCGAUUGUAGCGAGCGAUGAAUUAACCCUAUUAAAGGAUCCACAAAUAGAAAAUUUCACAUCUCUGCUUUUGGAUUUUACUACCCAGCAAAAUAUAACACAAACCUUAUGUAAUAAUGACUUUUGUUGUCGUUUUGAUAUCGCAACCCAAUCGAUUGACACACCUGCCGAAACUGUUUACUAUAAAUAUCGUAUAGGUGCGUUCAAAGGACAGCGCACCUAUCAGAAAAAUGAAUGGUCGGACAUACAAAUUUGCGCACUUUAUGCUUGUAAAAAUGAGAGUGUUGCCAGCUGUGCGGAAAUUUUCAACAGCACUGCAGUAGUAAAGCCCAAUAUCGCUUUCAAAUCCCUUCAAAUUGUGGGGGAUUUCAUGAAGGCCGAUAAACUUCUUAUCAUGCCAAAUACACUCGAUGGCAGUUUGCUCUCGUUAAGCGCAGAAACACUGGGUUGGCAUGUCAUAGAUCAGCGAGAACACUACACCGCACACAUGAACUUAACUCGGCCAUAUUGUGACAGCUUGUUGACAUUUGGAAUUUAUGCUAAUUAUUAUGACAGAUCAGCGACAACACGUACUGCCAGCUACAGCAACACCACGCCCACUGUACUCCUCUGCACUCUUGCACUGGUACUACUUGUGUGGCGUUUUUAGAUGGAAAUGCAUUGUUUUGCCUCCGACUCAGCUAAAAUAUUCAUGUUUUAAUUUCUGUGCUGUGUGCGAGCAGUUAUUUUUAUAGCUGCAAUUCGAGAUACAAGAUACACAAAUAUAUUCAGUAGCAAUUACAUACAGUAUGAGUUUGUUUAUAC